AUGGCAAUAGCAGAGCCACAACACUGUGGUGAAGAUCAGCCACAGACUCGUGCACAGAUAACCAAGUCCGAUAUCGCAAUCGCUGUUUCAGCCAGCGAACAGACCAAGCUGGAGGAUCAACGUGCUUCACUCGACCUUGAGGCUUUACCAGCCGAAAGCAGCCCGACUGACAGUCGGAAGCGCAAUGCCUCCAUUGCGGGCCUCGAUGACGACUCUUUGAACGUCGAGUCACCCGACAACGACCAGCUAGGUGACGAUGCCUCGGGUAAGAAGAGGCCCAUAAAGAGGGCUUGCAAUGAGUGUAGACAGCAGAAACUUCGGUGCGACGUGGUGCAGGAACCAUUCAAAAUAUGUACGCGAUGCCGACGACUACGGCUCGAGUGCAAGAUCGAGGACAACUUCAAGCGGAUCGGCAAACGCUCGCGCAAUGCCGAAAUGGAGAGGGAGAUCGUGGAGCUGCGAAGGAGAGUAGCCGAGCAGGACAAGAUACUACAAACCAAUGGCGCACAACAAGUCAAUGGCAACCUCUCGAUACCCAACCAUGCCUAUGCAGCGGACGCAGCAGCAGGGUUGCUCGAUCUCAGGAGCGGCCUUGACAAGAGUCCUGGCCGAGCUGGUGCGACAUACAAGCGACUCGAGACUGUCGUGCUGACCGUUGACCGCGCUCGUGCCCUGCAUCAGCGAUUCUUCACCUUCUUCCACCCAUUCUUACCAUUCCUCAAUCCGGAUAGAUCGCCCGAGGACUAUUAUACUCGCUCACCUCUGCUGUUCUGGACCAUCAUGCACUCGGAGCUCGACACUACAAGGCCGAUGAAGAGCUCUUUCCUGCCUUGA